ACUUAAUCGGAAAGCCAUUUAUAACUUGAAGAAGGAUGCCGGCGACAAACUUAGCGCACAACAUAUUGAUGAAUAUGCUCUGAGUCUCAAGAGCACAGACGAGUCGCUUCCGGGGUUGAAAAGUGGAACACUGAUUGAUCCUAAUCUCAAGAAGUGGCCGGUAGGACCUCACUCAAGUUCCUUCACCACAGAAGAAUGGCAACAUUUCUCACACAACACCAUUCAGGCUGGAGACAAGCAGCUUCAAAACUCCCAACAACUUCGGAGCAUUAUUGAUGGAAUUUUACAGCAAAUCGCAUCAGAUCAGAAAAGGCAAGUGGAGGCUACAAAUCGGGCGCUGAAAAAACGUAUUACCGAGACCAGAGAUGCUAAGGGCAAACUUGAAGAACAUUUGUCUAG